AUGAUAUGCCAGGAUGAAUUUGCUUGGUUGCGUCCAAAGGUCAAUAAGCAGUCACCUGAGCACAUCCAGAAUGAGAAGACUGCAAGUGUGAUAAUAAAACAAUUUGCCUUUUUGUCACUAUUCUUGACAAUGGCUUUUAACCCAUCACUGGUGUCUCUGGGUGAAACCAAUCAUGCAAUUACUAAUACCUUUCCAUGUCGAGCAUCGUAUUCUCCUUCGAAGCAUGGACAGAACAGUCUUUUCAUCAGCAUAGAGUUGUGGAGUUUAGAAUCCAUGUCCCAUGUCCAUGGUGACCACAUCCUUAGUUGUCUAAGGUUGUCCCACACACUUCUCCACGUUCAUUUGCCUUCACUCGCUUCUCUACUUCUCUUUCUUUUCACCACCACCACACCUGCCGACAGGCCACUACUCCCUUCAGCCACCAAGUAUUAA